AUGUCCAUCACCAACAAACAAGUAACCUUUGGGUCGAGUUCGUAUCACGUUCUGGAGGACGAUGGCGUUAUCAUUACGGAGGAGCACAAGUCUCUGCUGUGGUACGAUCGUCAGUCCAUUCAAGACAACCUUCAGAGCCUCCUCUCCAACAAGGAGAAUACUAGCAGCAAUGAUGACUCGGCCUUUUCGGAACAAAGUCGCCGUCGUCGCGAUCAUCACGUCAAGAGCGUCUUGUCAAUGCAAAGUGAAAUUGAAGACACGGUGGGAAUCGAUACAACGGGAUUGCGAGCGUUUGCCAUGGCAUUGAGCAAAGAUCAAGUCAAGACGGCCCGAGCACGAGCCGCUCAAGGAGCGACCGAUGCCUACGAAGUGUACCAACAAGCGGGAUACACGAAAGAAAGGACUGUGCAAGAGUUUUGUCGUACCACACCCAAACUAUUGCGAGCAUUUCCCAAGAAACAACCACGCAAGACGCAUCAAGAAAAGGAGACGCUGCGUCACGACAUUAACCAAGAAGCACUGCGUCUCGUUUGGGCCAUGUAG